AUUCCGUUUUGCAGUCUUUUCGGAGUCCGUCUGGUCCUUCAUUGACUUUUGCAGUCACUUUUUCGGUGGAGGACAUUAUUUUGUGAAUUUGCAGGUAGAAGUAAACAAUGUGGUUCGAAAUCCUGCCCUCAUUCGGCAUCAUCACUGCCAUACUGUCCGUUCCUGGUUUUGCCCUGUAUGGGCUGCAUGUGCUCGCUCUGGAUAAUGCUUACCGGCGCAACACCGAUCAGAGAUGGGAACGCGUCAUGUACGUUCGGGACAUGCGACUCACUGGCAAUCCCUACAAGGGCAAUGGAUUGGAAGCUAUUCCGGACAAAUAAAUUAAGUUGAUUAAUUUCCUGUCAAAUGUUGUAGAUUAAACUGGAUCUUCUUUAAA